AUGUUGCAACCCUUCCCCUCACCCUUCCCCCGCCCCCUCCUCCAUCCAAGCAUGAAGCGGCUGUCCCGACGGCCAGUCUCCGACGAGCAGAAGGCCCAGAUGCGCACCCAGAGCCAUGAGCAGGGCCCGAUAGAGAUCUUCCUGUCGGUGGCCACCGUCUCGUCGCUGCCCCAAGCGCAGACGCACCCGCACCCGCAAGUGCAGACAGAACCCCAGUCGCCGGAUCCGCAGGCUCAACAGGAUCAGCAGAAGGACAAAGAGCAGCGCCAGGAGCCGAAGCAGGAACCGGAGCCAGAGGCGCUCGAGAGCGGCGCCCAGGGCGACAACGAGCAGUCCGACACUGACGCCGGUCCCACUCCCUCGACGUCCACUCAUGCCGCCGAGGACCUGCCCACGGAGGGGGAUCCUGCCAAGCUGAAGGCGCUGGCCGGGCGCCAGCAGAUCGCCAAGCUACUCACGCGCCUCGGCGACGGCGCAGAAGGCGAUGGCGAGGCCAACCAGAUCGUGCUGGAGCUGCUCGGCAGCCGCGACAGCCGCCCCAACUCGUCCCUACAGCCGCACUCGGCCACCGAGCGCGUCUCCGAACAGCUGAUGCACGUGCUCCGGGAGCAGACGCUGUUGGAGGCCGGCAUAUCCACCGGGAACGAGCGGUACCGUUGCUUCAAGAGCGUGCUCCAGAACUACGCCAAGAUCUAUGCGGCGCGCCACUUUAUGGAGCAGUUGCCGCAGCUGGACCAGCUCGGCCAGGACGCGGACACGGACACGGAUGCGGGUGCGGAGCGGGAGCAGUUCGCCCGCGUCGUGGCGGAGGAGGUGCUGCAGAUACCGCAACUGCUGCGCCAGCUGUGGGCGUCGCUGGAGAAGAUGGAGUUCUUCAACGAGGACACCGCCUUCAAGGCCUACCUGGAGGCGCGUCGCCACCCGCAGGCCCGCAUCCUGUGCGAACUCAUGCUCACCCGCAUCUCGCGCGUCUUCCUCUGCAUUGUCAGCUCCACAUUCUUCCUGGACUUCACCGAGCACGAGCUCACGCACAUCUUGCGCAACUGCUACCUCAGCGUCAACUCGGAGAUCGAGAUAUUCCUUUCCGUGGUGCUCUGGCUGGAGCACAACUGGCUUGAGCGCGGCGACUGCGCCGAGCGCAUCCUGGCCGAGGUGCGCUUCGCCCUGAUGCCCACUUGGUACCUGUGCACCCUGGACAGGUCCAACCGGUGCCGCCACUUUGCCCGCGUCAUCCGCAGCCCCGGCGUGCAGCGCUUGAUUGCCGAAGGCCUGGAGGACGCCGUCACCCUCAAGUCCAAGCCCCGCUCCAGUGGUGCAACAGCCGCCGCUGGCCAGCCACAACAACAGCGGCAGGAGGAGCAGCGCCUGGCACGCGACUGGAUCGCGGAUACCGAGUGCCGCCACCACCACAAGCGCCACUGCGAACGGUUUGUCUACCCCACCUACGACACCUUCAAGGAGUACCUGGCCAGGAUCAUCUGCUGCGCGCCCAACUACUGGCGCACGUUCCGGCCCGCCCAAGAGGUGUACCGCAGCGACUUCCGCUGCUGCUCGCCGCCACACUUCCACUAGACACGGUUCGCGUCCCGAUCUUCUGCCUCUGCCUGCUCCUUUCGGUUGUCCCGUCCUUCGGCUUCGGCUGGGUGGCUCAAAUUCUACGUGCGAGAAUGCUCCUUUGGGGCAGUCGUCCUUCUGUCUGUCCCGUCCACUGCCAGUUGCUAUGUCCACUCCUCUUUCAACAAGCCCAUCCAAGCUCGUGAACGCCCACGCAUCCGCAGUCUAUCGCUGCUGGCGCCAGCUCACUCCGACUGCAUCCGUGGCAACACCUAACCAAACUAUCGCCCAGGCUGAGCAAACGUGCAUAUGUAUGCUUUUCGAUGCGCGCGAACAGGCGCUCAGAAGCGUUUAGCAGGUGGAAAAGGAUCAGCUGAUUGGUUUCAUCUGUGGUUGCCCAGAGAUGGCGGCGUGACCACUUUGUUUCGGCACGAUCUAAUAAACUACAUGUGAACUGGCUGCAA